AGCUGCACGCGGAGCUCCAGCCCAGCUCCUCCUCCUCCUUCUCAACCCAGGAACUGAUGACCAGGCUGGGCUUCUUACUGGGAGAAGGGACCCCAGCCUCGCCUAGCAACCCCAUGGAGGACCGGAGGGAAAAGAAGGUAUGUGAAAUGAAAGAUGGUGGGAAGGAUGGGUAGAAGGAAGGAGUGAGAGUGACUGAGAAAGUCAGAUGUCAGAAAUAUGGAAAGGAGGCUCAUAUGUUUUCUUUUCAGAUGUGAAUGUGAAAAUGUUGUUUUUUGCAGAUGGUUGAAGUGAGGAAUUUUUGUAUGGUUUCUUUAAUUAGAUUUAAAGGCAAUGCUCUGUAUGAUAAUCAAGAUUGAGAGUUUGUUUUUGUUUAGAAGCUGCAAUUUUAGAAACUACAACUUUGAGGGCAAAUUACCAGUUGAAAAACUAAAUCCGAGGCACUCUUGAGUUAAUAUUUGAAAGCAUAUACUGUAAUGGCAUUUUCUUUAUGGAAUGUGUAUGUAAGGUGAUGUGAGUUGAAUAUCUUUUAAUCUUGAUGCAUUGGCUCGACAUAUGCUGUUGAGCCUGCAGGAGGUUUAUACACUGUGCUGUAUCAUUCUACCACCAUUAGAGCGUUGCCCCACUUUCCUAACCUCCUUCCUCCACCUGAGCUCCAGAUAUAGCCAGUUUUAGGGAGACAACGUGUCGGCUGUGAGCAGUGUACCGUGUCCUGGUUAAGAUAAAUGAUGGGGUGGUAAGGUGGGAGUAGCACUGAGCUGAUUCGUCUUUUCGUCAGAAACGCUGGUUGCUGGGGUGAGUGGAGACAUAUAGGAUCUAGGAAAUGUAGGGUUAGGGCGUUGUUGGAGACAUAUGUUGGAUACAUAUGUUGGAGACAUAUGAAGAAGGAUGCAGAUAUUGGGGUUUGGGGACAUUGGGAGGAGGAGGGGGACAUUGACUCACACACACACACACACACACACACACACACACACACACACACACACACUUAUAUACAAUGACCUAAAUAUCAUGCAUUAACCUGGGGACAGCUGGAAAGGGGGCCAACAGGGUCUAUACCUCUGAUAAUACUUGUCCAUAGAUAGAGCUUUAAAUAAAACACCUCUGUCUCUCUUUUCUCUGCACUCUUUCUCUCUUCUCUUGCCAACCUUUCUAUCCAUCUCUCCUCCCUUUCUACCUGACUGAUAUCUCCUACUCCCCCCUCUCCUCUUUCUCUCUCCCACUAGUGUAAUGUGUCUGGCCAGGCGGUGAGCCCGUGCUCCACAUUGACCUGCAGCACUACGUCUCCAUGCUCAGACAGCCCCUGCUCCACCCUGGGUAGUAGCAGUACCGGGGGGCCACCCCCCUGUCUCCCCAAUCCCAGCCCAGGUGGGACCCUCCUCAGCCCCAGUCCCUGCCAGAGCCCCAGCUCCACACUGGAGAGCCAGGAUAGUGGAAUCAUAGGUGAGUGGCUUAUAUACACCAUCAUCACAUUUUAGCAGACACUCUUAUCCAGAGCAACUUACAGUUAGUGAGUGCAUAUAUAUAUAUAUAUAUUUUAUUUUUUCAUACUGGCCCCCGUGGGAAUUGAACCCACAACCCUGGCGUUGCAAGCGCCAUGCUCUACCAACUGAGCUACACGGGGCCCAUAGUUGGAUCCAUUUAAAUUCAGAUAUUUUCUUCUCACCUCCUGAGAAAUAAUGGAUAAGUGCACACGAUUGAGAGAUCUAUAUGGGAGGAAAAAAACACCAUCUGAUCCUUCCAUUGGUCAUCAAUAUAUCUCAAUAAUAUAUCUCAUUGCUCACAUUGUCAAUAAUCCUGACUAAGAUAAGGGCCUCAGCACUGACUGAAGAAAUAGAGAUUGAUGAUAAUUGUUUCACCUUGCUUUGAGUUCUCAGUCAAGGCUUUCUAUCUCCCACCCCAACUCUCUCUCUCUUCUUGCCUGUGCCGCUUUAGUCUCGAGGCUUCAGUUCCCUCUUGACAAAACUGGGACGUUGCUGUCUUUGCUGCGUAUGGGUCUGGACUUUCUAAAAUAGGACACAUUUCUCCCUAAAUAGAGCUUUUAUUUAUAGGUAAAUACAAAAGGGCAAGGGGUGCACAGUACAAGCAUUUGAUUGUGAUGAUGUCGAUGUGUGACUGAUGACUCUCCCCUGUUGAUGUGAUUGAUGAUCUGCCUCUUACUCUUUAACUCAGGACAGUGUCACUGCCAAUAACGUACCAGACUGGAAAACUAAAGUGAACUGAAGCAGAGUUUGAUCUCAUCCUAAAUGACAACUAAUCCUAACUUGAUCUCAUCCCAAAGGCACUUAGUCAACAGUUAGGUUUUGUUGUUUGUAUUCACCUUACCCCUGUCUACUCCCUCUGUGCAUCAGCUACCAUCACCAGCUCUUCUGAGAAUGAGGAUCGCGGUGGCUCCACGCUGGAUCUGAGCAAAGACGGCAGCUGGAGGGGCGCUGGGCAGGGCGGGCACCGAGGCGACUCCUGCCCUCCUGUCGCCAAGGACGACCUGCCAGGGCCCAGCGAGGCCCCGCCCAGGUCUGAAAUCACCAUCGAAGGGGAACCCAAAACUCCACCCCCAGCCAAGAGGCCCCUCCCACAACGCCACACACACAGCACUUCUUCUCUGGUGAUGCCUCGCCCUAACUCUGUGGCAGGUGAGUGACCAUCUCAUGCCUCUGACUGGUGGUGUCUCAAUAGUCUCAGCUAGUCUCAUUUCCUUGUGUCCUUUCCACUAUGAUUACUGGCCUAGCAGUGCAUGAUAGAUGAAAGCAGUAUGUUGGAGAUCUAUCCAGUCCUUUUACCUUUUAGUGGUGAUGAGGGAAAGGAGAUGAGGAAAGGAGAUGAGGAAAGGAAGCCAUGAAGGACAAGUGAACAGCUCUACCUUGACCAGGUGUCUAGAACCAAUCGGUUUUGUGGUAAAGCUCUCUUUCCUCCAUUCAUUUGUGUAGCUAAAACAGCUGCAGCUGUAGCUUUUCUGACCAUGUGGUUUCUGUGAUGUGGGAGAGCCAUUAGACAGAGCUGCUUUCUGUCUAGUUUCUAUCAUUAGAUGAGGACGGAUACAGGAUUAAACCACUGGAGGAUGAAGACGGUGAAAGCUACCAGCUACAGUAUUCCAAGAGGAUUUACGUUGUUAUCCUACAUCUGUUUCUCCUCUGUGUUUGAGAGAACAAGAGACAACUUUUCCUUCGUUAGAUGUCACUCCAUUUGGAGAGCGGGGGAAACGGUCUCUCCAGGGAGUGGAUCCAGUGAAAUGCCUGACAGACUCUUCUACUGUUGUUGGGGAUGCUGCUCGAGAAUAACUUUAAUAACUUGAAAUGAGCAUGCAUAGUAUUAUUUGUUUAAAUAGACCUCACUUUGAGGUUGUGAUGGGAAAAAGAGAGAUGGGAGUAACACAGGACAUGUUUGGUUUCUUUCAAAGCCCAUGUUACUGUGCUGUUAUGGUCCAAGGAUAGAUGUUGUGUUAGUCCCACGUAUGCCUGCUGAUUUCAGUAUAGCUUGAGAGUUAAGUGGCACUGUGUAUGAAUAGAAUGUCAGUAUUCCUGUGGUGCCAUUGAAAGAGAGCAGACCCUCUCCACCUCCAGAAAGCACUUGCCAUUCAACUGCCACUAUAACUUUGGUCAUAGUGCUCUAAGAUUAUUAUUAUACCAACCAACAUGUAUUCGAGGUGGAAGAUUGUGGAAAAUUGUAGUGUAUCUCUGUAUCUCUCAGCUCAAUGGUUCUAACGAUGAACAAUAGCCUGGCCCAGCCUCCAACCACAUUCUCCAAGAUCCAGGUGUGACUCACCACUAGAUUGGACAUGAUGGGGGUGAUGUAGGGGUUGUAACAUGGUGUUCCAGUGGGUGAGGUGAAGUUUAGCGGCCAUACGGGUAAUUCCCUGGUCAACUUCCACGCCUGUCCUGUGAGCUGUGCAGUACGUGUCACAGAGCAGAGCAACGUGACAUUCCCCGUGUGAUUCCACUCUCAGGGGAUUAAAGGUCUCUUGUAAUGGCAGAUUACACUGUAGUACAGGAGGCUAGGCCGCGCACUAAGGAUUGAUAUACUGUAUAAGGUGUAGAGAUCAGUCUGGAAUGAAUGAAUGAAUGAAUGAAUGAAUGAAUGAGAGAGAGAGAGAGAGAGAGAGAGAGAGAAGGAAAGAGACAGAGAGAGGAGAGAGAGGAGAGAGAGGAGAGAGGAGAGAGAGAGAGAGAGAGAGAGAGAGAGAGAGAGAGAGAGGCGAGUGGACGGCCGCUGAGUUCGUAGUAUGGCUUGAUCAUGACAGCCAUAGUUCUUUGCCUUGCCACGCGGAACAAAAGGCGGUAUUAAAUACCUUUGAGAUGCUUCAAUCACAGCUUUACUACAAAUACGGUGAUUAACUUGAACUCCACCAUGCCCCUAUAAGCCUCAAGCCCAUCUAGCUCUGGUCCUAGCUACUAUACCACAGUUACUGCAGAUUCAUUGAACGCACAUGCACACACUUAUGUGCACACACACACACACAGACAGAACAUCUGUAUACAUCUAUCUACAGCCUCCCUAUCCAGAUAUUACUGUACUGCUAUAUCACAUCCAGACCCCUACAAGCAGAUCGUUUCCCAUAGGAAAUUACUGUAAUCUAGUUAGCUGCUUCUGCCAGGCUUGAAUUCAUAAGCCACUUCUAUUGGAUCUCCUCUCACUCACUCAUAGCAGAGAGAACUAGGCCUGGUGGAGCAGAGCAGAGAGAACUAGGCCUGGUGGAGCAGAGUAGAGAGAACUAGGCCUGGUGGAGCAGAGUAGAGAGAACUAGGCCUGGUGGAGCAGAGCAGAGAGAACUAGGCCUGGUGGAGCAGAGUAGAGAGAACUAGGCCUGGUGGAGCAGAGCAGAGAGAACUAGUGAAUUAGGAUGGAAGACAUCAUGUUCUACAGAGCAUACAUGGACCAGUGUGAAUGUCUCAUGUUGGUGAACAUGUUAAACGGGCUGGUCCUUACAAACACAACAUUCUGCUACAGAACAGGGGUAAUUGGAGCUGGUCUCUGGACCUGGCUAUGUUCCUGACCUGUAGUGAGCUGUUAAUAUCCCAGUGGUAAACACCCAUUUUACUGAGUUGUUGAAGAGUGAGCAAAUGAGAGAGAAAGAGAGAGAGGCAGAGAAAGUGAGUGUGUGCUGCAGCUGGCUCUCUGUGUGUGUCUUUGUGUUUUAUCCUUGAGUGUCUUUCUCCAGAAUAUUUGACGUCACAAAACAUAGGCAGCAUAAGGGAAGAACUACGACCGAAUUGUUUCCCAUUUUACUCAAGGAAAAUAGUCUUGAAUCGCUCUCCCUUAAGGCUGAAAUACACUACAGGACGCCGGGGUUAGCACCCCCUACUCUUAUGAUAAGUGCCAUGGGAUCUUUAGUGACCACAGAGAGUCAGGACACCUGUUUAACGUCCCAGCCGAAAGACGGCACCUUACACAGGGAAAUGUCCCCAAUCACUGCCCAGGGGGAUAUUUUUGGUAUGCUGUUGACCUAUGCAUUAUUUCUGUUCCGCUUUUUAAAAUAUUUUUUUUUUGCCCUCUCCCCUGGUUGGAGGACCUGGUGGAAAACCUAAAAAUUAUAUAUACUGUAUAUACAUAUAGCCUCCUCUCAUUUGUACUGGACUCCAAGUGCAUCGUCAAGUCAACCAAUCCCUCUAAUCUUAAUUCCAACCCUCAGAUGUCAACAGACUAGCCCAUCUUUCCCAGUAUAUUACCAUUUUACUAUUUCCUUCUGCAAUACAUCCUUGUAUUUUACUGUGAUGUCUUAUGAGGGUCUUGAACCUCUCUAUUUGUACAAUUUCUACCGAUAUUGUCCUAAAAAUAAAUACUUUAACUAAGAGUAUAAUCAUAUUUCCCAUUGAUUGAUCGUGGUUUUUCAGAUCUCCUAACAGUACUGUUUGUGGGUCCAUCUGAAAACAGACAUUAUGACAACAACAACCACUCCUGGACCUGACUCCAAAAGCGAGCCGCAGAUGGACAGUACCAAAAUAGAUAAUCUAUUGAUUUUGUUUCUUCGUUGCAGUCUGCACAGGGCUGACUGUUCAAUGCCCCAUAUAUUGAGCAUCAUUUUUGUGGCGAAAAUGUUAUAUAAUAGUUUAAAUUGAAAAGAACAGAUUGAUGCGUCGAAUGUUGUUUUGUAUAUCAGUUCAUAAACCCGAUGCCAUGUUAUUGGGACAUCAAAAAUCUCUUCCCAAUGAUCUUGAAUUUGAUGCAGUAUAGUUGUCAAACCUCUCGACUUUUAAGUGAAAGUGAUAUGAUUUAUACUAGUGAUUUUAAGCCAUGCAUGGUUUUUGAUUGGCGGCAGACAAACUAAUUCAUUCCUUUCUCUUUUGAGUAAUUGCCCCUUGCAUUUUUGUGGCAGAGCUGCGAUGAGUUGGUUAAACUUUUGUAUUGAGCAUACAUCUCCAUACACCUUUGUUAAUUGCUUGUGUGACAAAUUUUCAAAUCAAAUCAAAUCAAAUUGUAUUGGUCACAUGCGCCGAAUACAACAGGUGCAGACAUUACAGUGAAAUGCUUACUUACAGCCCUUAACCAACAGUGCAUUUAUUUUUAACAAAAAUAAAACAACAACAAAAAAAGUGUUGAGAAAAAAAAGAGCAGAAGUAAAAUAAAAUAACAGUAGGGAGGCUAUAUAUACAGGGGGGUACCGGUGCAGAGUCAAUGUGCGGGGGCACCGGCUAGUUGAGGUAGUUGAAGUAACAUGUACAUGUGGGUAGAGUUAAAGUGACUAUGCAUAAAUAAUUAACAGAGUAGCAGCAGCGUAAAAAGGAUGGGGUGGGGGAGCAGUGCAAAUAGUCCAGGUAGCCAUGAUUAGCUGUUCAGGAGUCUUAUGGCUUGGGGGUAGAAGCUGUUGAGAAGUCUUUUGGACCUAGACUUGGCACUCCGGUACCGCUUGCCGUGCGGUAGCAGAGAGAACAGUCUAUGACUAGGGUGGCUGGAGUCUUUGACAAUUUUGAGGGCCUUCCUCUGACACCGCCUGGUAUAGAGGUCCUGGAUGGCAGGAAGCUUGGCCCCAGUGAUGUACUGGGCCGUACGCACUACUCUCUGUAGUGCCUUGCGGUCGGAGGCCAAGCAGUUGCCAUACCAGGCGGUGAUGCAACCAGUCAGGAUGCUCUCGAUGGUGUAGCUGUAUAAUUUUUUGAGGAUCUGAGGACCCAUGCCAAAUCUUUUCAGUCUCCUGAGGGGGAAUAGGCUUUGUCGUGCCCUCUUCACGACUGUCUUGGUGUGUUUGGACCAUGAUAGUUCGUUGGUGAUGUGGACACCAAGGAACUUGAAGCUCUCAACCUGUUCCACUACAGCCCCGUCGAUGAGAAUGGGGGCGUGCUCAGUCCUCUUUUUUUCCCUGUAGUCCACAAUCAUCUCCUUUGUCUUGGUCACGUUGAGGGAGAGGUUGUUGUCCUGGUACCACACGGCCAGGUCUCUGACCUCCUCCCUAUAGGCCGUCUCAUCGUUGUCGGUGAUCAGGCCUACCACUGUUGUGUCGUCGGCAAACUUAAUGAUGGUGUUGGAGUCGUGCCUGGCCACGCAGUCAUGGGUGAACAGAGACUACAGGAGGGGACUGAGCACGCACCCCUGAGGGGCCCCCGUGUUGAGGAUCAGUGUGGCAGAUGUGUUGUUACCUACCCUUACCACCUGGGGGCGGCCCGUCAGGAAGUCCAGGAUCCAGUUGCAGAGGGAGGUGUUUAGUCCCAGGAUCCUUAGCUUAGUGAUGAGCUUAGAGGGCACUAUGGUGUUGAAUGCUGAGCUGUAGUCAAUGAAUAGCAUUCUCACGUAGGUGUUCCUCUUGUCCAGGUGGGAAAGGGCAGUGUGGAGUGCAAUAGAGAUUGCACUGUGGAUCUGUUGGGGCGGUAUGCAAAUUUAGUGGGUCUAGGGUUUCUGGGAUAAUGCUGUUGAUGUGAGCCAUGACCAGCCUUUCAAAGCACUUCAUGGCUACAGACGUCAGUGCUAUGGGUCGGUAGUCAUUUAGGCAGGUUAUCUUAGAGUCCUUGUGCACGGGGACUAUGGUGGUCUGCUUGAAACAUGUUGGUAUUACAGACUCAGUCAGGGACAUGUUGAAAAUGUCAGUGAAGACACUUGCCAGUUGGUCAGCACAUGCUCGGAGUACACGUCCUGGUAAUCCGUCUGGCCUUGUGAAUGUUGACCUGCUUAAAAGUCUUACUCACAUUGGCUACAGAGAGCGUGAUCACAUAGUCAUCCGGAACAGCUGGUGCUCUCAUGCAUGCUUCAGUGUUGCUUGCCUCGAAGCGAGCAUAGAAGUGGUUUAGCUCGUCUGGUAGGCUUGUGUCACUGGGCAGCUCGCGGCUGUGCUUCCCUUUGUAGUCUCUAAUAGUUUUCAAGCCCUGCCACAUCCGACGAGCGUCAGAGCCAGUGUAGUACGAUUCAAUCUUAGUCCUGUAUUGACUCUUUGCCUGUUUGAUGGUUCGUCGGAGGGCAUAGCGGGAUUUCUUAUAAGCGUCCGGGUUAGAGUCCCGUUCCUUGAAAGCGGCAGCUCUACCCUUUAGCUCAGUGCGGAUGUUUCCUGUAAUCCAUGGCUUCUGGUUGGGGUAUGUACGUACGGUCACUGUGGGGACGACAUCAUCGAUGCACUUAUUGAUGAAGCCAGUGACUGAUGUGGUGUACUCCUCAAUGCUGUCUGAAGAAUCCCGGAACAUGUUCCAGUCUGUGCUAGCAAAACAGUCCUGUAGCUUAGCAUCUGUGUCAUCUGACCACUUUUUUAUUAACCGAGUCACUGGUGCUUCCUGCUUUAGUUUUUGCUUAUAAGCAGGAAUCAGGAGGAUAGAGUUAUGGUCUAGAGUUUUUUUUCCUCUGGUUGCACAUUUAACAUGCUGGUAGAAAUUAGGUAGAACGGAUUUAAGUUUCCCUGCAUUAAAGUCCCCGGCCACUAGGCGCGCUGCCUCUGGAUGAGCAUUUUCCUGUUGAUUUAUGGCCUUGUACAACUCAUUCAGUGCAAUCUUAAUGCCAGCACUGGUUUGUGGUGGUAAGUAGACAGCUAUGAAAAAUAUAGAUGAAAAUUCUCUUGGUAAAUAGUGUGGUCUACAGCUUAUCAUAAGAUACUCUACCUCAGGCGAGCAAAACCUCGAGACUUCCUUAGUAUUUGAUUUUGUGCACCAGCUGUUGUUUACAAAUAUACACAGACCGCCACCCCUUGUCUUACCGGAGUCAGCCGUUCUAUCCUGCCGAUGUAGCGUAUAGCCCGCUAGCUGUAUGUUAUCCAUGUCGUCGUUCAGCCACGACUCGGUGAAACAUAAGAUAUUACAGUUUUUAAUGUCCCGUUGGUAGGAUAACCGUAAUCUUAGGUCAUCCAAUUUGUUCUCCAAUGAUUGAAGAUUGGCUAAUAGGAUUGAUGGAAGAGGCAGUUCACUCGCUCGCCGUCGGAUCCUUACAAGGCACCCCGAUCUACGUCCACGAUAUCUCAGUCUCUUCCUCACGCGAAUGACGGUGAUUUGGGCCUUGUCGGGUGUCUGUAUAAUAUCCUUCGCAGCCGCCUCGUUGAAGAAAAAAUCUUCGUCCAAUACGAGGUGAGUAAUCGCUGUCCUGAUAUCAAGAAACUCUUUUUGGUUAUAAGAGACGAUGGCAGAAACACUAUGUACAAAAUAAAUUACAAAUAACGCGGAAAAACACACAUAAUAGUACAAUUGGUUAGAGGGCUGUAAAACGGCAGCCAUCUUCUCCGGCGCUGUUUAGCUUAUUUAGCAAAUUUUAACUGUCCUUACUUUGUCAUUCAUAAACAUGACACCUUUCUUAUAAUUUUUUUCCAAUAGAAUUGUUCUUUCCUCUAUCACUACAUUGUAGUUUAGCCAUACUAUUUGCUGUAAUAUUUGUUCAGCCUCUUCUGGAGGAUGAAAUUGGAAUUGUAGCCAACUCUGUAAGGCUUCAUUUAGAAAGGAUGAUGCUUUAAACAGGUUUACAUUGUCAAUCCACCGGAAAAGGUUGGUUUUAAUCUGCAUAACGGCAAAGAGACCCCUUUUGAACAUUGGGUGUGCUUCUCUUAGUAGCCUGCUGGAAAACCAGUUUGGAUUUAGAUAUCAUUUCGGUAUAAUGGAGGUUUUAAGUGAGAGGUUUAAUUUCUUAAUAUUUAAUAGUUUUAACCCUCCAGACUUAUGUUCGUUAUAUAAAUAUGCCUGUUUAACUUGGUCUGGUUUGCCAUUAAGGACUAAAUUAUUAUUUUUUUCUCACGAGUCAGCUUUUAUUCUCCUGGAGUCGAUAGAGCCAUGAAUAGAUACGUAAACUGCAAUAUCAAUAGGGAAUUAAUCAAGAGUAAUUUUCCCGUAGAUGGACAGGUGUUUCCCUUGCCACGGUUUCAAGAUCCUAUCUAUUUUCUAUCAAAGUUAAUAGUUGCAAGAUCGUUUGACUUUUCCGGGAAAUGUUCACUUGUCAUAGUUGGGUUUUAGGCCAGAGAAACUGGAGAAAUUAUCCAGGUCCUCAAUAAGGUACUUGAAUCAAUCAUCAUUGAUACUUUUGUCUCUAAACCAUUCAUUUUUAGCCCCUUAAUGUUAUCAUUGGAUUGAUAACAAUAAACAGGUAUGGUGAUAGAGGGCAACCUUGUUUUACAACUCUUGACAGCUCAGCAUUUUCAGAGAAGUAACCAUUAUUUAUAUUUUACAUAAAGGGUUGUUGUACAUGAUGUUUACCGAUCUUAUGAGAGAUUCUCGAAAGUUGAAAGAAAUCUAGGCACUUAUACACUGAUUCUAGAUGUACUGUAUCGAAGGCUUUCUUAAAAUCUGCUAUAAAGAUUAUACCUGGUUUCCCUGUAUUCUCAUAGUUUUCAAUAAUUUCUAGUAGUUGUCUAAUGUUAUCUCCUAUAUAUCUUCCUUUUAAGAAUCCCGUCUGAUUGUGAUGAAUAAUGUCCGGUAGGGCCUUUUUAAUUCUAUGAGCAUUACAUUUGGCCAAUAUUUUUGCAUCGCAACAUUGAAGGGACUGAGAUACUGGGUCUUUGUACUGCCCCCUGGCUCCUGCUUCAGUAGGAGAGAGAUCAGUCCCUCUUUUUGUGUGUCCGAUAGUUUGCCAUUUACAGUAUAUACAAGUAAUACAAAAAUGAUAGUAAUGGAUCUUUCAGUAGUUCAUAAAAAGUUUGAUAUAUCUCUAUUGGAAUGCCAUCGAGGCCAGGGGUUUUCCCCGUCUGAAAGGAAUCAAUCGCCAACCGUAGUUCGUCCUGUGUAAUUAGGCCAUCAUAAGAGUUUUUACGUGUCACAGAUAGUUUAACAUUAUUUUUUGGGACAAGGAUUUCACAAAACUCAUCGUCAAUUGAGUUUGGAAGAACUUGACAAGAACAUUUGUUUAAAAUAUUUUACUUCUUCAUUUAAAAAUCUCCUUUGGUGAGAUAAGGAUUUCUCCAUUGUUUGUAACUAUUUUCUGUAGGUUAUUUUUGGUUGUGUUUCUAUGUUGAAGGUUUAAGAAAAACUUUCUCUGUUCUCCAUCCAAUUUGCUCAGGUUUUUUUUAAAUAAAUGAAGCCCGAUCUUUCCUAAAUAAGUUUCUCCUUUUGUUUUGCAUCUAGAUUAUUCAGUGCUUCAGUAGUACAUUUAUCAUCAUCAUUGAUGUGUAAUGUAAGUUUUUCUAUUUCUGAUGUAAGUUGUGUCUCCACUGACCCAAACCAUUUUAGUUUUGGGGCUGAAAACUGAAUUGAGUGGCCUCUAAACAUUUAGGGCCUCCCGAGUGGCGCAGUGGUCCCCUGUAGCUCAGUUGGUAGAGCAUGGCGCUUGCAACGCCAAAGUUGUGGGUUUGUUUCCCACGGGGGGCCAGUAUGAAAAUGUAUGCACUCACUAACUGUAAGUCGCUCUAGAUAAGAGCGUCUCCUAAAUGACAAAAAAUAAAAAAAUGUCUAAGGUACUGCAUCGCAGUGCUAGCUGUGCCACUAGAGAUCCUGGUUCGAUUCCAGGCUCUGUAACAGCCGGCCGCGACCAGGAGACCCAUGAGGUGGCGCACAAUUGGCCCAGCGCCGCCCAGGGUAGGGGAGGGUUUGGCUGGCAGGGAUGUCCUUGUCCCAUCGCGCACUAGCGACAAAUGUGGCGGGUCGGGCGCAGUGCAUGCUGACUCAGUCGCCAGGUGUACAGCGUUUCCUCCGGCACAUUGGUGCGGCUGGCUUCCGGGUUAAGCGGGCACCGUGUCAAGAAGCAGUGCGGCUAGGUUGGGUCGUGUUUCGGAGGACGCACGACUCUCGACCUUCGCCUCUCCCAUGUCUGUACGGGAGUUGUAGCGAUGGGACAAGACUGUAACUACCAAUUGGAUACCACAAAAGGGGGCUAAUUUUUACAAAAAUAAAAGCACAUUUAAAGGCAUACGAUAAGUGGGUCCGCUGAACAUGUAUUGUGCCUGAAGAAAUCUGUUAUGAAUUCCUUCAUUUUUGUUAAGAAAGUACUAUCUGUCAAUAAACCCUGGUUCAAUUUCCAAUAUCCCUGUCCUCGUGGAAAGUCUGUCAUAAUUACCUGGAGGGAUAUAAGUUGAUGGUCUGAUCGCAUUCGAUCCUCAAUCAAUAUUUUAUUCACUUUGGGCUCCAUAGAAAAGGAUACCAGAAAAUAAUCAAUCCGGCUAGCUUGAUUAAGCCUCCUCCAAGUAUAUUUUACAAGGUCAGGGUUUUUAAGCUUCCAAAUAUCAGUCAAUUCCAACGUCCAUAAUAUUUGUGAUCUCUUUGCGUGCCAGAGGGUGAUAGUUGGUAGUAUGAUUGCCUUUACGGUGUAUUGAUGUACAUAAAACUGUAUUGUAGUCCCCUAACAUUAUAAUAUAAUUAUUUGUAUCUUGGAGACUAAUUAGAUUAUUAUACAUUUUCUCAAAAAAGUUUGGAUCGUCAUUAUUCGGUCCAUAUAGAUUUAUGAGCCACAUCUGUUUAUCAUCAAGUGGUAUAUUCAAAGCAAUCCAUCUUCCUUGAGGAUCCAUUUUAACGGCUUGCACCUCAAGAUCUAGAUUGUUUUUCAGUAGGAUCAUAACACCUUUUGAAUUCCUUAGCCCAUGACAGAAAUAGAUUUGACCAUACCACUCUUUUAUCCCAGGCCACUUCAUCAGAAGAUAUUGAAUGAGUUUCCUGUAAACAAUAAAAAUGGUAAUUCUUCUCCUUUAGCCAUGUGAGAACUGCUCUUAUUUUCCUAUUAUCAGCCAAACCAUUAGAAAUAUAGUUAGCUGUAAUUCAAUUAAUCAAUUACCAUGAUGGGUUACAUUAUGAGAUACUUAUCACUAUCCUUACCACUUUUUUGAAAUACAUGUAUUUAUCCAUACUUACCAGUACCACCAGAAUCAAUACCUGUCCAUUAUCCACGUAGCUGUACCAUGAUAGAUGCACUGCUAAACAUACUGUAGCUCCAACAGACUAAGUAGACCUCCAGUUGUCCUCCAAUUUCCCUCCCGAAAAUAACUCCCCCCAUCCCAGGUAGGGAUGUCGUCCCUGUGACUGGCAGACCACCCCCGUACACAUGGAUCCUAGGACCCCUAAGCAGUUUGGACCGGUCCCUUGAAAAGAGCACAAAGUGCCACUUACAACCAGUUUAGCAGCACUAAGCAGUUCUAACCCUUUGCCUCAGUUGUACUAUAUCACUUUUGUGUUUGUGUUCAUUUUUUUCAGAAUACCUUAAUUCCUUUCACAUUAGACGGAUAGUAUGCGUAAUAAUGUAGGCACUUCCUCCAAAACGAUAGCUACCUUUGACAAAGCAACCGGCAGUAGAAAAUCGACAUUUAGCAAAACAGAUAUUAUUUUAUGUUAUAGCUUAAGAUUCCAUCCUCCCUAAUAACACCACCCUAUAGCCACGAUUGUGGGAUGCACACACACACACACACACACACACACACACACACACACACAAGCAUCACCUCAAGCUCAUGCACACUCAAAAGUAAACUUGCUAAGUAAAUGACCUAGUAAUCGGUAUAGUACAUACACUUGGCAACACCUCCAUGGCCAGUAAAAAAAAAUCGGGCCAUUUGGUGGUCAGGUUUGCGUAUGUGUAGAGCUAGUAAGGAAAUCAACAUGGCAACCGAGGAACCAUAAUGCACAUACAAGGAGCACAGCAUCUGUGCGUGCGGACUACUGAUGUGAGGGAGAGCGCGAAGAUGAGGAGGACCGGAGGUCAACUUUGAUAGCUUGCUACUGCUAUAAUUGAUUUAAUGAAAAACAAAAUGUUUCCGUUGCCCAUGAUUAAGCUGAUUAAGCUACUGUAUUUAUCAGAGUUAUUGACUUCACAAUAAGCUAGAUUCGAGUAACUUUCAUAACUUACAUAAUUUACAUUACAUUACAUUGAAGCGGCAGCCGCGGCACAAUCAAUCGGAGAUGGACAGCGCAUGGGUGCUGAAAGUAGGCUAAUUCGAGAAAAACUAAUUAAUUUAAAGUCUUCAUUUUAAUUCGACUUUACUAAAAACAAGAGGGCUUUGUGUUGAAAACCUAUUUCUUCCUAUUUAAGAAAUAAGAGGUAGGCCUACCUGUUUGACAGACUAAAUUAAGACUUAAAUAUCUCUGUGUCAGUGAAGGGCUUGGUGUGUUAAGUUAAAACCAGGGCUUGAAUUGAGGGUUUAUGUUAUAACUUUGGUGCCAUUGUGAUGAACUUGUGAGGUAGUUGAAGAAACCUUUAUAGUUCUGAGUAGCUGAUUGGCUGACGGUGAGACAUGCCUCGCAUCUGCUCUUAGCACUGCUCACGCUUGGCUAUAAUGGCCGAUUUGAGGCAUGUCUCACCGUCAGACAAUCAGCUACUUAGAACUAUAAAGGAUCUCUUCAACUACCUCACUUAAGUGCCCAUGAGAGCAAUCAACCUCAAAUCGGAUGUGUGCUUACAAUUUACUGGCUGCAGCGUUACGUUUUACUCUGGGUUUGCUCCGAUUUCCUCCGAUUUUGAAAAAUGUGCCGGGAGCUGAUCGGGAGGCCAUAGAUCGGGUUAAAAACGUGUAGUGUCCGCCCGGCAUUAGCUUGAGAUUGGAGAACAGUAUGUUGAAAUGGAGACCGAGCUCCAUAGUUACACUGUUUGGCCAAAAAGGGCUUUGUUCAUUUUAUUCCCAAAUGUUUAAGAUGUUCUACCUUGAAGGCAAAAUGAAAGAAACAACUCUCUAUAAAAGCUCUCUUUCCUGCUUUCCCUCAUUCUUUAUUUUCUACUUCUCUACUUCUCUUCUCCUUCCUUCUGUCUCUCAUGUCUUCCCCUGCAGCCACUAGUUCCACUAAGCUGGAGGAUCUGAGCUACCUGGAUGAUCAACGGAGUGCUCCCCAGCGAAGCUCCAUCAAACAGCCCUGGAACAGCACAGGGGGAAGGGACACCAAAGGUAUGGUACUGUUUGUGUUUCUGUGUGUGUGUGGGGGGGUUGGGUUUGUUGUAUUUGUGUGUGUGUGUAUGCGUGCAUGCAGGCAUUUAUGCAGGUGUGUGUGUGUGCAGGGCCGGCACUAGCCUCCCCACCUCACAGGCAAAACCUUUUAGUGGCCCCCCUCUUGACGGAGGAGUUUUAAAUUAUAUUUUCUGCAAUUCUACACAUUUUACCAUGGUGCGGAGAAAAUUAUGUGGUAUUUUAUAACUCAUUUCAUUCAAUUCUACUCGUUUUGCCAUGGGGCGGAUUGAAAAAUGUGCAAUUUUACAGCCAAUUUCCUAAAAUUCUACACAUUUUGCCAUGACUUAUGCCGUGUUAAUAUGAUACACUACAUGACCAAAAGUAUGUGGACACCUGCUCGUUGUCAUUCCAAAAUCAUGGGUAUUAAAAUGCUGCUAUAACAGCCUCCACUCUUCUGGGAAGGCUUUCCACUAGAUGUUUGAACAUUGCUGUGGUGACUUGCUUCCAUUCAGUUACAAGAGCAUUAGUGAGGUUGGGCACUGAGGUUGGGCGAUUAGGCCUGGCUCGCAGUCGGCGUUCCAAUUCAUUCCAAAGGUGUAGUCCCGUGUAGCUCAGUUGGUAGAGCAUGCGCUUGCAACGCCAGGGUUGUGGGUUCGAUUCCCACAGGGGACCAGUAUGAAAAUGUAUGCACUCACUAACUGUAAGUCACUCUGGAUAAGAGCGUUUGCUAAAUGACUAAAAUGUAAAUGUGUUCAGUGGGGUUGAGGUCAGGGCUCUGUGCAGGCCAAUCAAGUUCUUCCACACCGAUCUCGACAAAACCUUUCUGUUUGGACCUCGCUUUGUGCACGGGGGCAUUGUCAUGCUGAAACAGGAAAGGGCCUUCCCCAAAAUGUUGCCACAAAGUUGGAAGCACAUAAUUGUCUAGAAUGGAAUUGUAUGCUGUAGUGUUAACAUUUGCCUUCACUAGAACUAAGGGGCCUAGCUCGAAACCAUGAAAAACAGCCCCAGACCAUUAUUCCUCCUCCACCAAACUUUACAGUUGGCACUAUGCAUUCGGUCAGGUAGCGUUCACCUGGCAUCCGCCAAACCCAGAUUCGUCCAUCGGACUGCCAGAUGCUGAAGUGUGAUUCAUCACUCCAGAGAACACGUUUCCACUCCUCAAGAGUCCAAUAGCGGCGAUCUUUACACCACUCCAGCCGAUGCUUGGCAUUGCGCAUGGGAUCUUAGGGCUUGUGUGUGGCUGCUCGGCCAUGGAAACCCAUUUCAUGAAGCUCCCGACAAAUAGUUAUUGUGCUGUCAUUGCUUCCAGAGGCAGUUUGGAACUCGGUAGUGAGUGUUGCAACCGAGGACAGACGAUUUGUAUGCGCUAUGCACUUCAGCACUCGGCGGCCCCGUUCUGUGAGCUUGUGUGGCCUACCACUUCGCGGCUGAGCCGUUGUUGCUCCUAGACAUUUCCACUUCAUAAUAACAGCACUUACAGUUGACCGGGGCAGCUCUAGCAGGGCAGAAAUUUGAUGAACUGACUUGUUGGAAAGGUGGCAUCCUAUGACGGUGCCAAGUUGAAAUUCACUGAACUCUUCGGUAAGGCCAUUCUACUGCCAAUGUUUGUCUAUGGAGAUUGCAUGGCUGUGUGCUUGAUUUUAUACACCUGUCAGCAACGGGUGUGGCUGAAAUAGCCGAAUCUACUAAUUUGAAGGGGUGUCCAUGUAUAUAUAGUGUAUCUGAGUGAGCGUGACUAAUAAAAUCAAUGGGGGCCCACUGGAGGUCAGGGACCUUCGUGCCCUUCGUACCCGGUCGGUAAUUCGGUCAUGAUUACUACAGGUUUAGAUAGCUGGGUAGACUACCUUACCAAUCUACAAAUGUUUAGCUGACAUGGCCUAAUUAAGUGACUGUCAGUGACUGACAUAACAAGAGGAAAACUGCUGAUGCACAACCAAAUUUCGAAAUUUCACCUUGUGUAUUCUACUAUUCUAACUAACGCUUGAUACGAAACCGAUUAACUAGCCUGCUAAUAUUGUUGCACUCGCUAAGUCUAGGGGUCCUAGGCCUAGUUGCAUGGUCUGUAACCUGAAUGAAUGUGUGCAUUUUUGUGAGAAAUCAGCGUUUGAGGACCGUGUUGGAUACACGUGCCCAGGGAGACAGGAACCUUACCUUAGGUCCAGGGCUAGCUCAGUGUUGACUCCUUUGGGUCGACAAGCCCAAGCGGAUUAUUAUGUUCAGAUGGGGACAGGAACAAAUAUAUACAAAAAGGAAAACUACAAACAGGCAUGCCUAAGCUAAAGAUUCAAAACCAAAUGAAAGGCCUCAUGGCCACCAAACCAACAAGCAGCCUCACGGCUCUCCAAACUGGCACUCUGACUGACGAUCCUCUUAUUGGCAGCACCUGAUGUGCUUAUCAAAGCUCAGCAUCUAGACCCGGUUACUGCCACCUGGGGGAUGGAGUGUGGAAGUGUAUCCUGGAUAUUAUGUCCUAACACUAACCUUCACCCCAUAUCAUAACACGCUCAACAGUAAGUUGAGACCCUGACUGAGACCCUGCCUUCGUGCAUGCAAUUAUUGUGUUACAACACAAUACACAACUAUAUUAUUGUUGGAUACCACAAUACUCUUUAAAAUGAAGAGAAAGUCAUGUUAGUAACCCCCGUGUUCUCUCUUUUCUCUUUGUCCAGCGCGCUUCGCUCCCUUCAAGUCAGGCGACAUCAUGCUGAAGCCGUUGUUGUUUGAGGUUCCCGCAGUCUCCACGGAUGCACCUUUCCAAGGCCGUGAUUGGCUGUUCCAGCGGCUAGAGGAGGUCCUAAGGAAGAGUGACACCUGCGAGGGCCGUGGGGCCGUUAUCGUCGGCGAUGUGGGCUUCGGCAAGACGGCCAUCGUCUCGCGACUGGUGGCUCUCAGCUGUCAUGGGGGCCACAUGCAACAGGUCCCCACCCAGAGCCCCUGCACCUCCCCCAAAAGUAAGAGGCAAACUUCCCUUCUCUGGAGGUACUUUGUUUGAAAUUAUAAAUAGGAUGAACCUCUUGAGAUGCAACAGCACUUUUUUGAGGAAGCUGCCAGUUCCCUGUGCCCCAGAAGGGAAGGACGAAUGGGUUCCCUUCAGCGAAGGGUGAUUUAAACGUUUACAUUUUUCAUUAUGAGUUUAACCAUUUUCUAAUAGGCAAGCCAACCCGUCUACCUUGAGAUCAGUCAUACUUUUUCAGAGCCGUCACUCUCAAGUAUCAGGGUUCAUCAGAUAUUUUGGUCCUAGCGGAUGAGCCACAGGAAUAAAACCUUUGAAAGCUCUGUCCCUGAAAGCUAUGACUGAUUGUGUGGUGAUUGAUGUUACACAAACGCAAGCAUUGCUACGUCAGUAGCUAGGUACAGUACCGCACUUUUCUCCCACCAUCAAUGAUCGUGAAUGCAUACUGCGUAUAAUUUUCUCGGUCCCCAUCCAGCAAAUUGAUACAGUGCACCAUACGGCACGGCAGUAAUGACAUGAAGUAAUGACAUCAUUUAGGUUAAGAGUAGGAAUCUGCUUUGACCUAGUUAUAAUGCAUUAUGAUAAAUGCCUGACGGAGACUGAAGUGAUUUGCCAUUGUGACUCAGGGCUUUAUUGAAUUAGCAUUGUUUACUGGAGGUAUGUUUGGACCCAUUAUGGAAACCAGCCCACAAUGAUGCUUUUAACAUGCUCUCACGUAGUCACAGCACAAGAAAAAUAUGAUUUUUUUCUAGUCAGGAGUGCUGGUCCUGAUAGGGCGAUACGUUUUCAAAAAAAUAUCUAAUUGAAUGAUUGUUAUUCUCCUCGAACUUCUCAUGAAAAAGAAGUGACAGUCCACGUGUCACCUUGCUGUGUCCGUCUUGCAGGUGGGGAUAGGGGGACAGACGGAGCCUCCAAACAGCCGCCCCAGUCCAGCACCCCUAUCACAGACCCCCAGCCCAGCCAAACAACCUGCCCCGGGACACCAGAGGCACACAGACACAGAGACGAGGCUGUCAAACGCCUGGCCAGCAAGGUACGAUGAGCUACACACACGUCUGCACGCACCCUUGAACGCACACACACACACACACACACACACACACACACACACACCCCCCCCCCCCCCCCACACACACACACAUACACACACACACACAUACACACAUACACACACACACACAUACACAUACACACACACACCCCCCCCCCCCCCACACACACACACACACACACACACACACACAAAACUAAUAAAUACAGGUACCUUAAAGCAUGUUUAAGGCCCUUAGGAGACGCAUUGCUGUUUUUGUCUUAUUCUACAGUAUUAAACUUACCACAUGUUAUUGAUAACUAGCAAAGUGGUUUACUGACUUUGGGUGUCAGAGACCCGAAAAAUAUGUCACUUUACUCAUCCAGAGCUAAUGUUGCUACUUAUCCAUAGGAUAUAGUGGAUUUGUCAUUUUAAGGAACUAUCGCUUUAACAAAUGUGUGAUGAACAUGAAUUAAUAUAUUUGAUGAUGUGAUUAGAAAGGAGGAAGGGUGUUUGUUCUCUUAACUUAAUCAUUCAAUGUCGGUACUUUUCUAUUGAAAUGUAAAUAAUUGUAACAUUCUGUGCCAGAUAGAACCUUUCAGAUUGACAUUUCAGAGCCAUAAGGUUCUAUAUGUGAUUGCACCCCCCUAAAAACUGAUUUACGAAUGUCUUAGUAUUUUGAAACUCUGCACUUUAGGUACCUUUAAGGUGAGGACCUUAAUGGGUUAUGAAAGAAGAAUUCACUACAAAACACUUCUGAGAUCUGGGAUGUGAAAACAUUAAUGCUCAAUAUCUCAGAACUCUGCUUUGCGCAGAUAGAACUUUAUAGCCCCAUGGUCUCGUAGUCUUGUUUCUUGAAUCACUGCCAAUAGACCACCUCCUAAUUCCUCUAUAAUUGGUCUCAGAGAUGAAGAGAUGGAGAUAAUUGCAGCUUCACCUAGUAGUAUUAAGAGGGAGGGUUUAGUUGGACAAAUUGGGUUCCAAGGCAACUGGAGGAGGUUUCUGACUGACUGUGUUUGGCAUCCAUCUGUUUGUGGAGGUUUUGCCCUUUUGAUGAGUUCCUGAAUUAAAGAUGACCGCUGGGUGUAUGGAUACUUCUCCAUCCUCAACUAAAUUAACAAGAUGGUUCUGUUAGCUGUAUGUUCAUCUCAUUACUGAUAUGGUGAAUCAUUAAAAAGUAUGACUGCUGUGAGUAGUAUUACCUUUUAUGGUUACCGCAGUUGAUCAUGUCCUUUUGGUUGCAGAUUCCACAUCAGACCCUCGAGUUCCGAAGACCGCAGUCCUGUCGGUUUUUGUUUCUUAGGAAGAGUGUGUUUACUCUUGACAUCUCUGCCCUGUUGCGUCAAGUGGAUCCGUCAUGGCUGCUUGAUUAGCCAAUCUGUUAAUUAGCAACUCAUCGCAGACACUUUAGCCUCAUGUAGAGAAACAAAUGCUGAUUUGUGAGAUGGAGAUAUUCAAAGUUGGUUGAGGGUUUACUUCUCUGGAAAGUUCAAGACACUCAUUGCGUUCAAAACGGGUUGAAAAAGCAUUAUUGAAGUGCUCAGUUAGGGGGGGCCUCUCUCUCUCUCUCUCUCUCUCUCUCUCUCUCUCUCUCUCUCUCUCUCUCUCUCUCUCAAUUCAAUUUCAAUUUCAAUUUAAGGGCUUUAUUGCCAUGGGAAACGUGUGUUAACAUUGCCAAAGCAAGUGAAGUAGAUAGUAAACAAAAGUGAAAUAAACAAUAAAUAUUAACAGUAAACAUUACACUCAGAAGUUUCAAAAGAAUAAAGACAUUUCAAAUGUCAUAGUAUGUAUAUAUACAGUGUUGUAACAAUGUGCAAAUAGUUAAAGUACAAAUGGGAAAAUAAAUAAACAUAAAUAUGGGUUGUAUUUACAAUGGUGUUUGUUCUUCACUGGUUGCCCUUUUCUUGUGGCAACAGGUCACAAAUCUUGCAGCUGUGAUGGCACACUGUGGUUUUUCACCCAGUAGAUAAGGGAGUUUAUCAAAAUUGGGUUUGUUUUCGAAUUCUUUGUGGAUCGCUGUAAUCUGAGGGAAAUAUGUGUCUCUAAUAUGGUCAUACAUUUGGCAGGAGGUUAGGAAGUGCAGCUCAGUUUCCACCUCAUUUUGUGGGCAGUGUGCACAUAGCCUGUCUUCUCUUGAGAGCCAGGUCUGCCUACGGCGGCCUUUCUCAAUAGCAAGGCUAUGCUCACUGAGUCUGUAAAUAGUCAAAGCUUUCCUUAAGUUUGGGUCAGUCACAGUGGUCAGGUAUUCUGCCACUGUGUACUCUCUGUUUAGGGCCAAAUAGCAUUCUAGUUUGCUCUGUUUUUUUGUUUGUUCUUUCCAAUGUGUCAAGUAAUUCUCUUUUUGUUUUCUCAUGAUUUGGUUGGGUCUAGUUGUGUUGUUGUUGUUGUUGUCCUGGGGCUGUGUGGGGUCUGUUUGUGUUUGUGAACAGAGCCCCAGGACAAGCUUACUUAGGGGACUCUUCUCCAAGUUCAUAUCUCUGUAGGUGAUGGCUUUGUUAUGGAAGGUUUGGGAAUCGCUUCCUUUUAAGUGGUUAUAGAAUUUAACGGCUCUUUUCUGGAUUUUGAUAAUUAGCAGAUAUUGGCCUAAUUCUCUCUCUCUAUUGGCCUAAUUCUCUCUCUCUCUCUCUCUCUCUCUCUCUCUCUCUCUCUCUCUCUCUCUCUCUCUCUCUCUCUCUCUCUCUCUCUCUCUCUCUCUCUCUCUCUCUCUCUCUCUCUCUCUCUCUCUCUCUCUCUCUCUCUCUCUCCAGGUGGUGGCCUACCACUUCUGCCAGGCUGACAACACCUACACCUGCCUGGUCCCAGAGUUUGUCCACAGUGUCGCCGCCCUGCUGUCCAGAGCACCACAGCUCAGCGGCUACAGGGAGCUACUGCUAAAGGAACAUCAUAUACAGAGCAUGCUCAGUCUGCGCUCCUGUGUCCAGGACCCCAUCGCUGCCUUCCGCAGGGGAGUCCUGGAGCCCCUCGUCAACCUGCGCAAGGGUAGCUACUAACUUACUCCUGCAGCCUCCAUGUUCUCACCCAUGCUUCAAAACCCCCCACCCCCUUCAUCAACUUUUGUAUGUGUAACACCUGCAGCUCCUACCCCCCCUCCUCCCCCUACAGUUAGCCAAAUUGCCAUGUGCCCCCUGAAACAGUUGAUUAGGACUCCCUGGUGGGCUCCUAGAUCAUUUUGGGAUAACAAGGUCACUGAUUAAAAACGCUACAGACCGUGACACAAUUUGAACUUAAAAAACAACAUAACUUCAAACGACAACCUUUUUCUCUGUGCCAGUAUCCAUAUCAAUCAAUAUCCCUAAGGUUGCAUUUACACAGGCAGCCCAAUUUUGAUAUUUUGCCCAUUUGUUUGAAAAAUAGCUGAUCUGAUUAGUCAAAAGACCAAUUAGUAAAACAAAACAAAAUCUGAAAAUGCAGUAUUUUAGCAAUGAUCAGCAUUAUAAGGCUGCUUAUACACAGGCAGCCAAAUUCUGAUAUUUUUCCACUAAUGAGUCUAUGGACCAAUCAGAUCAGUACUUUUGCCAAUAAUUGGGCAAAAGAUCAGAAUUGGGCUGCCUGUGUAAACGCAGACUCAGUGCUUUAAUCCAAUGUAUUAUUCUUACUGUAUAGGGAAAAACAAGAGGGCAGGACUUGCAAGGUCAUAACAGCAAAGGCCAUAUCAACGUAAUAGACCAUCUCUGGUAAAAGCCAGUGUGUCUCAGUCUAUCUCAUGAUAGAGUAGCCAGUCAGCCUAAUCAAUAGGUUGUUAGUUCAGUAGCCUCCACCACUGGCUCGUUAUAGAGGAAUCAACAUGUCCUCCGUCUUUAUGAUGUGGAUUAGUAGAGAUGGGGAUGACUGUGGCAGAGUGUAUGAGAGUGAUGUAAGAGCCACACAGCCAGGAACGGCUGUAUUGGGCUGUAUCGACCCGCUCAGGUAGACUGGAACAGGAUAGAUAUGCCUCUGUGAUCACCCCUCUCCUGUCUUAUUAAAAGUAAUGGUUGCUAUGAUGAGGGCCCAUACAGGAGACUGAGGAGAGGUGACUGGUGUUCUCACCCUCCAUCUGAGGUCCCUCUGUGACAUGACUCAUUAUGUAUAAAAGGGGAAAGGGGAAUGGAAGCAGGGCUCUGGUCUAAAGUAGGGCACUACAUAGGGAAUAGGGUACCAUUUUGGACGGACCCAAGGUUAGAUAUUCCAGAGCCUGCACACGUCGAUCUCUUACCUCCUGCCUGCACUGUGGUUUUUCAGCUGAUAUUCUCAUUGAGUACCACAACCAACUCCCCUUUCUUAUUUUCUGACAUUAAGGGUGGCAUUUUGACAAUGCAACAAAAAACAAUUGCCAUUGUGGAAUUCAACCAUAUCAAUUCAAACAGUUGCUGCGGCAUGUACAGUAUUUCGAAAUAAGUUUGGAACGCAAAAGUUAUGUGCGUUACAUUUGCAUUCUAAACCUACUUAAAUUAUUGCCACAUCUUAUGUACUUGUUCUCUCUCUCGCUCUCUCCUCUCCCAUCUUCCCCCUUUCUCCCUCUCCACCACCCUUCUGUUCUCCUGUGUAGAAAGCAAGAUCCCGGAAGAAGACUUCAUCCUCCUGGUCGAUGGUCUGAACGAGGCAGAGUUCCACAAGCCGGACUACGGAGACACCAUCGCCUCCUUCAUCACCAAGAUCAUCUCCAAGUUCCCCUCCUGGCUCAAACUGUUGGUCACUGUCAGGACCUGCCUGCUGGUGAGGAGAGGACAGUCACAAAGCAAAGAUAAACUAUCGUAACCAGUGUAUGUGAGUGAUGCAUUGCCUCCAGGCUUUUGUGGUACAGUACAGUCUGUUAGUCUCUUGUUUGUGCACCGUAGGAGCUAUGGUUCGAGUCUCUGAUUCAGGUCUCACUUUCUCCUGCUACACUUUAACUAAAAGAAGCUUAGUAAAUCUGGAUUUACCCAUAGUUCUCUGGCCUUCAUUUGUGUGUCUCAUACAGUAUUGCUUUGCUGGUCUGUCCCAGAGGUACAGUAGCUCAGUCUAGCUGGUCAGCUUACUCCACCAGGGCCCGUUGGCUGUGGUUUCCUCCAGCCUGCUGGCUGGCCACUGAUCCCUCCGGAUGAGCUGAGCGGCCGGCCUGACACAUCUGCCUAACGCAGACUUCCCAUAAUCCUCCUGGAUUACCACUCCGGGCCGUAAUGCCCCUGGGAGCCUGCCUGACGUUACGUAACAGGAGUGCUGAGGACACCACAGGCCGCUACAGUGUGUGCGUGCGUGCAUGAGUGUGUGUGAGUGUGUUGGCAAGGGAUGUUAGACGUUGAUCCCCCUGCCUGCUCUCUAUCCUCUCUCCUCUCCCCAUUGGUCCUUUCACAGGAAGUUGCCAAUAUCCUGUUUUAGGCACGGUCCCAUAGUGGUUGCUAUGCAACCAGGGCACUGUGAAAUCGUCAGAUCACCGCACUUUAAUAAAAUCGUGCAUGCACAGCAAGGAAAUGAAACAGCAAUAAUAAUUUCAUAAUAACUUAGGUAUUGCAUUUUAUUUAUUCGUUUAUGGCUGUAAUUUUCUUUUCUUGGCUCAAACGUCACCAUUUCUGAUGGCAUCUGUCAUCUGAAGAGCUUUGAUGUGAUUCAGUGAGAAAGCUGGCAGAAUGAGAGUCAGUGGUUUCAUCCCAAAUGGCACCCUAUUCCCUAUAUACAGCUGUAGGAUCUUAAUUUGAUCACUCCUUUAGUGCUGAGAAUUUUCAUGCACCACAGGAAAUGCAGAUAAGACUUCACUGAAAACCCGCACUAAAACACGGUUAUAUUAAUAGUAUUGCACUUUUCAUGUAGCCUCAUUUUGUCCAGCAAAUUUUUGCCUAACCACCAAUCAAGCAACAUUAUGGACUAAACGUUCAAACCCUGUUGCUGCAGGAUUAUUUUGCUGUGAGAAAACUGGUCAAAUUAAGAUCCUACAAAAAAAGCAGCAGCUUGAAGAGACGUGAUGGGUGAUAUCUUUUCCCUGACUCAUCUGUUGUCCUGGCACAUACUGUACCACCAUAGUGAGCCAACACUGUUCUCAUCAUCACUUGUAUUAUUCAGUGUUUUUUGUCUUUCAAGUUACCUGUCACAACUAGAACAAAGGGUUAUCUCUGCUGUGAGGCAGGAGCUGCAGGAUAUAAUUGUACUGUGUUGUAUUGUAUUGAUUUUGUACUGCAGACUCUUGGGUGGGAAGUUGCGGUGUGCUCCUGGGCUCAUGGUUGUAUUGUGUGUGGACUAAGUUCAACUCUGAGCGAUAACCACGCUACAGUACACUUUGAUUGAGAAUGCAGUAUAUGAUAUACGGUUCUGAUGUUGUACAGUGCACUCCAGGAGGCCCAUAAAUCCACAGCAUAUACAAUUCUACAAUAUAAUCGCUGUUUCCUGUCUCCCCAGGAGAUCACCACCCUCCUACCCUUCUCCAGACUCUCACUGGAUGACUUCCCAGAGAGCAGCGAGAUCGGAGGGGACCUUAGCGACUACAUCCAACACCGUGUCAUCGUCAGCCCCGAGAUUGCCGCCAACGUCACCACGCCCAACGGCACCAUCCCCGACCCCCUCCUCCUCAGCAAGUUCAACACCCACCUGGCCUCUCGCAGCCAGGGCUCCUUCCUCUACAUCAAACUGACCCUGGACCUGUUCCAGAGGGCCCACCUGGUCCUCAAGGGAGGCAACUACAUGGUAGUGCCCGUCUCUCUGGCUGAGGUGACUGAAUUAAUUAAUUUUAUUUGACAAAUGUUUGGCAAAUGUAAAAUACAUGUAGGGCCGGUUUCCCAGACACAGAUUAAGUCUAGUCCUAGACUAAAAAGCAUGGUCAGUAGAGAAUCUCCAUUGAAAUAGUUUUUUAAUCUGUGCCUGGGAUACCGGCCCAUAGAGUUGCUCUAGCCAUGGGAGUACAACACACAUCAAAAAUAGUUGAGAAUUAAAAACACAAUCAAGUCAACAGACUUAUUUCCAUUGUGGGCCUCUUCAUCAUCAGGUGUACCUGCUGCAGUGCCAUGCGGGGUUCGAAGGGGACCAAACCUUUGAGCGGGUGCUGCCCGUACUCAACGUGGUGCUGGCCUCGUUACACCCGCUGACGGACGAGCAGCUGUUCCGGGCGCUGAAUGCUGGGGGUGUCAGAGGAGAGAUGUCCUGGGAGGACUUCCAACAACGCCUGGAGACCCUGGCCUGCGUCCUGGUGAGGAGAUAAUAUGUGAAAGACUAUUGAGAUACGGCCAUACGUUGUUAGCUAGAUCAGGAAGUAGGCCAGGAAGUAGGAUACAAUCAUUGCAUUGAGUUACGUUCACUCUGUGGGAGUUGCACUUGGCUCCCAGUGAUGAUAUAGUAACUACCUCAGAAACAUGUAGAUUUAUGACAACAACGCUGUCUAAUCUUGUGUCAUGUCCCUCUAGCUGAGGCGCAGGGACGGCACCCGCAUGCUCUUCCAUCCCUCCUUUAGAGAGUGGCUAGUGUGGAGGGCGGACGGAGAGAGCACCGACUUCCUCUGUGACCCCAGGAGUGGCCAUGCUCUGUUGGCCUUCAUGUUCUCCAGACAGGAGGGCAAGCUGAACCGACAGCAGACCAUGGAGCUGGGACAUCAUAUCCUGAAAGCACACAUCUUCAAGGUACCAGCUAGUAUGUCUGAAUGGACUACUAAUGGGAUGUUAAAAUAUUACAGGACAGUAGCCUGUCUCGCCUUCCUCUUCCCCUCAUACACUGGGGGAGGUCGAUGGUGCGUUAUGGAAGUAUUAAACCAGUCUCUCUCUCUCCCUGUCUCUGGCUCCCUCUCUCUCAGGGUCAGAGUAAGAGGACGGGUGUGUCCUCCAGUGUUCUGCAGGCUCUGUGGGUGAGCUGUAGCACAGACAGCCUCUCUGCCGCCCUGGCCUCCCUCAGAAACCUCUACACACCCAACGUCAAGGUGAGACACACACACCCACCUCUGCACACCCAAUAUAAAGGUGAGAGACUCACACGCAUGCACGCACGUACACAUACGCACACCUUUAAAAAUUUUUGUACCUACAGGUGAGUCGUCUGCUGAUGCUGGGCGGGGCGAGUGUGAGCGGGCGUUCCGAGGUGCUCGGCCGUUCCCCUGUGCUGGGUGUGCACGCCCACCUGGGUCACCUUGAGAUGGUGUCCCUGCUGCUGGAGAUGGGGGCGCCCAUAGACGGCACCUCGGACAGCGGCAUGACCCCCCUCUGUCUGGCCGCCGCAGCAGGACACACAGGACUGGUCAGCCUGCUCUGUAAGAAGGGAGCCAAGGUCAGUGGUCAGUUGUUAGUCCCACGCCGUUAUCUCAACUUGUUGACAAUUCAACCAAAUAGACAAUCAAAUUGGAAGUUGAUCUGCUGUUGUUGUUGCCCAGCUUCACUGUUUCAUAAGUUAUAACUUAUAGUCAUGUAUCAUCAUUAUUUGCUUCUGUUUGCUCUUUGGGGUUUAGGCUAGGUUACGGUAAAUAUGUUUGUGACAACUGUUGAUGUUGAAAGGGCUGUAUAAAUACAUUAGAUGAAUUGAUUGAUUGAUCAGUGUUUCUCCCUCUAGGUAGGCCAUGUAGAUAAGAGUGGUCAGUGUGCCCUGGUCCAUGCUGGUUUGAGGGGCCACCCAGACAUCAUCCACUACCUGCUGAGCCAGGACUGGGGCCCCACAGAGGCCCCUGAGGGCCAACAGCAGCACGGUGUGAAGAGCAGUGUGAAGGGCCAAGUCCUACAACAGGCCCUGACCGCCACCUGCAGCAUGGGACACACGCACGUAGGCUACUGCAUACACACACUCACGAACACACACACUGUACGCUCUCUUCAGAUUCAACCUUUGUGGAUUGCUUAUAAUAGUUAGCGUGUAUAAUUAUUGUGCAUAAUAUUGUCUCAUUGUCAGGUUGUGAAGAGCUUACUGGAGCUGAAAGAUGAAGAUUUGGCUGUGCAGAUAGAUGCUCCCGACACUCUCUGGGGAGAGACUGGUACAGUGCACUUUACCUUUGUCUAUAUAAUAAUGUUUAUAUUAUUUCCUCAUACUCUUUUUAAUCUAGCUUGUUUUCGCUGCCUCUCCAAAGGUGGUGGUUAGCGUUUGUUUUACCAGCAGAGAUCAUUUGUUGUUUAUUCACUUCCUAGUGAGCUUCUCAGGUCUCCACUUGCCCACUGUACAUUUACUGUUUACUGUAGCAUAGGAUGCAAGCGAAGUGAUAUUGAGCCCAGGUGCUUGUUCUGGACUCAUAGAUGUAGGUGAGCUCACUGGGGAAGAGAGGCUUGAAGAGUGUACAGUACUUGAGCUACUUUUAACCAAUACUUAAGAUGGCAGGUUACACUGACUGACUCUGCUGAAGAUUUAAGCGGCGGAGGUGUUAACAGUUUGAGCAAGGCACCUAACCUUAAUUACUCCUGUAAGUCGCUCUGGAUAAGAGCGUCUGUGAAAUGACUAAAAUAUAAAAGAAAAGUCUGGUGUUAUUAGAUGAUGAAACUCUUACAAAGAAGCUGGUGUAGAUAUCAGAAGGUAUUACCUCCAUCUCCUAAAAGGAUGUUCAACCUGGCUUGAUUCUUAUAUCCAUUAUACUCUAAUACAAUCAUUGGUGUUUCUGUGGCUCUCAGUAAAUACAUAGGCUGGGGGAUAGACAGCACUCAACCACUGCCAAUUGGAAGCAUACAUACAAUUGCUGGCUACUGGUACCAACAUUUGGAAGUCAAUCCUGAAUGAAAAUAACCUGGCAGAUGCAAAUAUAGAAUACAAAAUAGGCUAUUUAGAGGUAAAUUGAAGGAAAUCAUGGAUUUAGGUUGAUUACAGAGACCUGACUAGGUGAUAAAAUAAACAAUAGUGAAAUGUCAAUGGCCUUUGUUUGUUUUAUUGUUUGGGUUUACCAUUCAGUCUAGGAUUUGUUUCAUUUUAUAAAUAUUUCUUUCACAUCGACAAAUCCUUCCAUGGUAGAGAAUCUUGAUAAUCUACUGUAUGCUGAAUGAUUUUCACUUCCAAUCUAUUCGGUGAAAGAAAUCCUUGAGUACUUCUGCCUGUGAAAUUGUCCUCUCUCUAUGCAAAUGUGUUCCCGUGCCUGGUGGCUUCUCAUUAGUGGAGAAGAAUUAAGUUAUUCUCCCUGGAGGGCAGGCUACUGUCUGUCUGUCUGUCUGUCUGUGUCUACCUCCUCUGUGGGUGAGACACCAAAGGUUUACUGUACGUGAAUUAAAUAACAUGGAGCAGAUAAAUUAUCGUAUCUGUUGCUGCUGUGUGUCUGUCAUCAAGGUCACUGACAUACGUGAGAGUUGUCAGAAGUAGUAUUUAUAACUGUAGGGAAGUACUUGAUAGAACUGGAUAGCAUCAAUGGAUCAUGUUUUUAAUCUUGUUGGUGAACUAGCUGUAGGAGCCAUUCAACUCAUUGGCCCCAUUCAACCCAUUCAACUCAUUGGCCCCAUUCAACCCAUUCAACUCAUUGGUCUUUAUUCAAAAAGUAUAUUUUCAAUAUGAAAACCUCCCUUUUGGAUCAAAACAUUUGAUUCCACAAUCAAGGCCCCAGCGAGAAUUGAACUCGCGACCCCUGGUUUACAAGACCAGUGCUCUAACCACUGAGCUAUGGAGCCUUACCUACUCACACCUUAUGGCAACAGGAUAUUUACAUAUCACACCCAGCUUACUCAAAAACAGACAGAAGACCACACCCAGAGACAUAUUUCUAAAUAUAUGGCUCUGGCCACACCUAAUGUGACAUCACUGACUCUACCACACAGCUGUUGGUUGGGGCGGUCUGGCAAACCAGCUGAACAGUGCUGUUGGCAUGAGUCCUCUCAUGUCUGGGAUUUAACCCCAAAGCCACAGACUCCUUGUCUGGUUAAAGCAACUGACUCUGACUGACAGCUCUCCUCUCACUGUGCAUGUAGUCUGCAGGUCAGCCAGGUUAACAGACUCACAUUUCUCUAAACUCUCGUCAGAUAUUUGACAUUGACAACAGAAGCACAGCUGUUCAGGCAUGAAUCCGCAAUUGUGUAUUGAUUCAUGAGUCAGUGAUGCACGUCUGCCUUAUCUCAGAUUGAGAAGUGUGGAGUCACAAGAGAGUCUUCCAAAAUGUAAUAUCAUAGCCACAAUAUUUUUUUAAUUAUGAAAGUAUUUCGUUAUCUCAACUUUUUUGCUCUGGUGUGAAGGGAAAUUAGAUAAGGGAAAUGAAAUGAGUGAGGUGAUUUGUAAUUGCGUAUGUGCUCAUGUGGAACCAUCGGUGGGACAGAUGGGGAGGGCGUACCCUACACUGCUCCCACAGAUGUCAGUCAUGUCAUCAUUCCCUCUCCACUGGCUUCCAGAACCAGAUGGGUGAUGUCACCUCUCCUGUGAGUAUUUCAUCAUCCUAGCCAAGGUGAAGCAGGAGGCUGCGUCAAAUAAAAUAAAAUACAAUUUCAUUGGUCGCUUACACAUAUUUAACACAUAUUGAACACACAGUGAAAUGCUUGUGUUUCUAGCUCCACAGUGCAGUAAUACCUAACAAUACAAAACAAUAUACACAAAUCCAACAAAUACAAAUAAAGGAAUUAAGAAAUAACAGGACGAGCAAUGUCAGUCCAGAUUAUAAAUAUAUAUGUCUAUGAUGGUGUGAAUAGACGUUAUGGACAGUAUAUGAAUAGAAAAGGUGUGUACAGCAGUAGUUAUACAGAAUGAGCCAUGACUAGAAUACAGUAUAUACAUAUAAAGUUUGUAAAACUGUAUUUAAACAUUAUUAAAGUGACCAGUGUUCAAUGACAAUGUACAUAGGGCAGCAGGCUCUAAGGUUCAGGGUAGAGUACCGGGUGGCAUCCGGCUAGUAACAGUCACUAAGGUUCAGGGCAGGGUACUGGGCGGAGGCCGGCUAGUGGUGACUGUUUAACAGUCUGAUGGCCUGGAGAUUGAAGCUGUUUGUCAGUCUCUCGGUCCCAGCUUUGAUGGACCUGUACCUUCUCUGCCUUCUAGAUGGUAGCGGGGUGAACAGGCCUUGGCUCAGGUGGCUGAGGUCCUUGAUGAUUUUCUUGGCCUUCCUGGGACCGCAUUAGUACCUGUCUGAUCUCAGCUUCCCUGGUCUGCACUGUCUGGGUGUGUCCCAAAUGGCACCCUAUUCCCUAUAUAGUGCACUACUUUUGACAAGAACACUAUGGGCUUUGGUCAAAAGUAGUGCACUAAUUAGGGAGUAGGGUACCUUUUGGGAGGUAAAUACUGUCUGGAUGGAUGCUCCAUACCCAGGACUAGAUGGCUGGUUGGGCCAGCUGUUGCCAAUACCCAUCAAAUCUGUCUCUCUCUCUGCCAGGCCAGCUGUAAGACUUUUGACAGCCUCAGCUAAGACCCUGCUUCUCUAGAGAGUAUAGGGAGAUAUGGGCCCACUGAAGUCUGGCCAGUCUAAAAAUAGUAUUUGAAAGUCAUACUCAGUGACGUUUUCUGUUCACAGUGUACUGCAGCUCACAUUGCAUGUGUUGCCAAUAUUAUACUCUCGUUCAGUUCUUACUCUCUCUAAUCUUGCUGUGUGUCCUUUAAUUGUUCAACAGUAGUGCUAAACUACUAGAGUGAAGUACAUUAGAACUGUCUCCAAACAAUCAAUAACACAAAAACAAAGAUUACUUUAAUUCAGAGCACAGUGGUAAAGUAGGUAGUUGACCACUGUUCUGGGUCUCUCUCUCUCUCUCAGCUCUGAGUGCGGCUGCGGGCCGGGGCAGGACAGAGACAUGUGUUUACCUGCUGGAGAGGGGUGCAGGGGCGGAGCAGCCCAACCGUAGGGGGGUGGUCCCACUCUUCAGCUGCAUCAGGCAUGGACACCCCCAGGUGAGAAUCAUUCUGAUGAGUCUUUCUGUUAGACUUCUAAUUUGCCACCACUGAUGGCCUCUGUGUCUCUCUGUGUGUCUCUCUGUGUGUCUCUCUGUGUGUCUCUCUGUGUGUCUCUCUGUGUGUCUCUCUGUGUGUCUCUCUGUGUGUCUCUCUCUCUCUCUCUCUCUCUCUCUCUCUCUCUCUCUCUCUCUCUCUCUCUCUCUCUCUCUCUCUCUCUCUCUCUCUCUCUCUCUCUCUCUCAGGUAGCAGAGCUGUUGCUGCAGCGCGGUGUGGACAUUAACACCAUCGAUAAGCAGAGCCGCAGUCUGCUGAUGGUGGCAGCCAGCGAGGGCCACCUCAGCACUGCUGACUUCCUGCUGACAAAGGGUGAGAGGUCAAGAGUCAGGGUCACAUCAUGGUACAUGGUAAUUCUCACUGCACUAAGGGGGAAAGAGUGUCAUUUAAGAUAUUUUUUUGUAUUUUGGAGAUAUACAGUAUACACUUAGUGGCCAGUUUAUUAGGUACACCACCCCGUUCACGAAAAUGGUUCGCUCCUACAGACAGUGAGUCACGUGGCCGUGGCUUGCUAUAUAGACAGGCAUCGAGGCAUUCAGUUAUGGUUCGAUUGAACGUUAGAAUGGGCAAAACUAGUGACCUAUGUGACUUUGAGCAUACUAUGAUCGACGGUGCCAGGCGCACCGGUUCCAGUAUCUCAGAAACGGCGGGCCUCUUGGGAUUUUCACGCACGACAGUGUCUAGGGUUUACCGAGAAUGGUGCGACAAACAAAAAACAUCCAGUCAGCGGCAGUCCUGUGGGCAAAAACAGCUCGUCGAUGAGAGGUCGAACGAGAAUGACAAGAAUCGUGCAAGCUAACAGGCGGGCCACAAACAGGCAAAUAGUGGCGCAGUACAACAGUGGUGUGCAGAACGACAUCUUGGAAGGCACAACUCGUCAGUCCUUGUCACGGAUGGGCUAUUGCAGCAUAUGACCAAACCGGGUUCCACUCCUAUCUGCUAAAAACAAGAAGAAGCGGCUGGACAAUUGAGGAGUGGAACAACAUUGCCUGGUCCGACAAAUCCCGGUUUCCGGUGCGUCAUGCUGAUGGCAGAGUCAGGAUUUGUCGUAAGCAGCAUGAGUCCAUGACCCCAUCCUGCCUGGUGUCAACAGUACAGGCUGGUGGCGGUGGUGUAAUGGUGUGGUGAAUGUUUUCCUGGUACACGUUAGGUCCCUUGAUACUAAUUGAGCAACGUUUCCAUGCCCUGAAGAAUUCAGGCUGUUCUGGAGGCAAAGGGGGGUCAGCCACAGUAUGUGGUCCUCUGUAGCUCAGCUGGUAGAGCACGGUGCUUGUAACGCCAAGGUAGUGGGUUCGAUCCCCGGGACCACCCAUGCACGCAUGACUGUAAGUCGCUUUGGAUAAAAGCGUCUGCUAAAUGGCAUAUUAUUAUUUAAUAUUAUUAGAUGGGUGUACCUAAUAAACUGGCCACUGAGUGUAUGUCAGACUCAGUUGCAGUGGAGCGAGCAUGUUAUUUUUGAUCUGGUUCCAGGCGCCUCUUUAGCCUCUGUGGAUAAGGAGGGCCAGACAGCUCUGAGCUGGGCGUGUCUGAAGGGUCAGAAGGCCAUGGUGCAGCUCCUGGUGGAGAGGGGGGCAGAGAUAGACCACCCUGACAGGAACGGACGUACCCCUCUCGACCUGGCAGCAUUCAACGGUGACGCAGAGACGGUGCGGUUCUUUCUAAUAAUGCAAACUGGAGAAAAAAUUGAUACACAGACAUCAUUCUGAUUUUGCUGCCACUGUCCUAGAUUGUCUAAAACUGGCCUAGAUUGUAGAUUUUUUUAAACACAGUACUGAAUUUGCAAAAUUCCCUCCAGCAGCUUUGUCCUUUUAAAAUGCUGUUUGUUUUGUCGUGUCCUCUACAACCACAGGUUCAGUACCUGGUGGAGAAGGGUGCAGUUGUGGAACAUGUGGACCACAGUGGGGUGAAGCCUCUGGAGAGGGCUGUGGGCUGUAGGAACACUGCUGUAGUAGUGACCUUACUGAAGAAAGGGGCCAAGCUGGGUGAGUUGAGUUGACCUGAUCUGUCAGUGUUAAACCUCUGCAGGGUCUUGAGGAAGUUGCUAUCAAAAUAAUGUAUUUCACCCCUCUUUCUCUUCACUGCUUUCUACCUGCUAAAAGGCUACAGAACAUCCCCUUAUGAUCGAUCAGGUACUUUCUUUAGAUACCUUUUACAGCAUUGUGUGUGUGAGUGAGCGUGUUUAACCUGUGUUCUCUUACCACUUGAUCAGGUCAUGCUACGUGGGCGAUGGCCACAUCCAAACCAGACGUCCUCCUCAUCCUCCUACAGAAAGUCAUGGAGGAGGGCAACCUGCUGUAUAAGGUAAGUGUAUGUGUAUGCAUGUCACUGUCUGUCAUGAAAGUGUGUUCAGUUAGAGAAUCUGCUAUCUCCAAAUCAAUGUCUGUAUUCUCUCUCCAUCUCUCCCUCCCCCUCCACCCCCCUCUCUCUCUCUCCAGAAGGGGAGGAUGAAGGAGGCAGCCCAGAGGUAUCAGUCCGCCCUGAGGAAGUUCCCCCGAGACGGCUUCGGAGACGACCUGAAGGGCCUGAAAGAGCUCCGUGUCUCCUUGUACCUCAACCUGUCACGCUGCCGCAGGAAAACCAAUGUGAGACGCACACGCACACACAUUACUCGAUCAGUUAAUAGAAUUGCAGGUAUUAUUAAUAGAAUUGCAGGUAUUAUUAAUAGAAUUGCAGGUAUUACGUCGCCUGAUAUAGCUACACACUACUCGUUUAGCUAUUUUAUAGAAUUUAACAUUGAAUGAAAUCUAGAAUAGUAUAGCAGUAGGUAUAAUGGAUAGAUCUUCAUCUCAGUAGCCUGGAGGAAGUGAUCUAACACACCCUUGUUUUACCAGACAAUAUAAUAACAUUUUAUACUAGAGUGGUGGUGGUCAAAUGGCAUCCUCAGGCAAAUGAGUAAUGGAAGAAUGCUAUGAUGUGAUACGGUCAUCCUCUCCCAUAUACUGGAGUAAUCACUCACUCACACACACACGGAAAGAAGGGAUCCUCCCUCUGUUGUUGCUGGUGGGUAUUGGGUCAGGGGGAAGAGAGAGAGCUGGCUAGGCACACAUAUCAUCCAUAUUUCAUCAUGCUGCAGGUGAAUAGAACAGGAGGGGAGUGGGACUACAGAGGCCGUAAAUACUGUCAUUAAACAUUGAACAGUUAUUCAGAGCUGUUAAUUUCAAGGCUGUAGUGUAAUGCCGACCGCCAUCUCAAGAACGGAAUCACACUGUGGUUUGCUUGAUUAAAUAUUCACCUGAGAGGAAUGAGGGAAGCAGGGAAACUCAUUUAAAAACAAGCCAACUGCAUACUCUCUAGGCAUACCAGAGAUGGAUGGAUACACUGUGCACGCAGGCAUGCACACACACACACACUGUACACACACAGACAUAUUGUACACGCACGCACACAAGGGCCACUAGAGGUGUUUAUGAAAUCACCAUUAAAGGCCCAGCUCAGUCAAAAACAUGAUUUCCCUGUGUUUUAUAUAUAUUUCCACACUAUGAGGUUGGAAUAAUACUGUGAAAUUAUAAUGCACUUUUAUUGUAAGAGCUGUUUGAUGGUAGAUUAGUUAAUAGACCAAUAAGAGAGUUCCAAAGCGCUCUGUCAAUAACAGCUAUUUUUCAGUUUUCCCCUCUACACUCAGACCACUCCUAGACAGUCCUAGCAAAAUGAUUGCUUGAGAAAUUGCUCUUUGCUAAGAAGCCAUUUUAGUUUCUCAUUUAAAAAAUGUUUAUGAAAACAAUGACAGGAAGGUACUUAAUUGUUACCCAGAAAUGAUUUUAUAUUGAGCAUUGUACCUGUAAGAGUCAAUAGUUAUAAUUUCCGACAACUAAUUGAAGGAGUUAUUUUUUUUUUACGGGUUGGAGAGAAGCUAUGAGCACCCGUCUGGAGAAUCCAUUAAGACACUGGGAGAGAAAGCUGCUCUGCUUUGAGCUGCACACAGAUUAAUAAUUCUCCAGUUAAACAACGCUGAAUUCCUCAUUCCAGUCACUUACAGUAAUUGCAAAGUGUGGCGCUGUAUAGACUACCCGCUGGAUUCACACUGCACUCAUUAACACUCACAAACACAUUACCCUGGCUAAUGACCUUAAGACGUUGGUUUUGGGUUCUCCGUGAGAAAUUCAGAGUGGACAGAAUUUAACAGUAAACAUUCAUAAUUCACAGUUGGGUUUCUGUCCUCUUUUUCUCAACAGGACUUUGGAAUAGCGGAGGAGUUUGCCACCAAAGCCCUGGAACUGAAACCCAAGUCUUAUGAGGCGUUCUACACCAGAGCACGAGCCAAGAGGAGCAGCAGGUUAGUACAGACCACUUCUCAGUUAAUACUGAUAUAAAGAGAGGGACUACAAUGUACGGGAACAGUUUUGUCACCUCACACUAUGUUCACCUCAUGUGUCCAUCCAGGCAGUAUGCGGCGGCGAUAGCCGACCUCCACGAGGCGUCUCGGCUCUGCCCCACCAACCGUGAGAUCCGCCGUCUGCUGACGCGUGUGGAGGACGAGUGUCAACAACAACAGCAGCAGUCCCCCAACACACCACAGGGCCCCCAAGCAGCACACAGUCAGACUCCCGACGACCUCACAGAGAGGAGCCAGGACACAGAGAGGAGUUCUGAUACACAGAGCCAGGAUGAACUAGAUGAUGAUUAUGAAGAGAUAGGGGGAAAGGAAGAGCCCUCACAGAACCCCUAUGGGCCCAACAGGCCCAGGAACCCCUAUGGACCCAACAGGGCUCUCCCACCAGUACCAGGCGCGGUGGGCUUAGCUCCCCAGGACCCCAGGCCUGGUUCCCCCCCGGAUGGGUCCACACAGGCCCACCUGUCUCUGGACAAGCAGGGCCCUGUCCUACAGGAUCCUAGACAGAACCAAAGCAUCAAGACCAAGCAGCAGCAGCACUGUAACUCCCUGCAGGUAGGGGGCAGACCAGGGGGCAGGCCUAUGUCUCUGUGUGGCCCCUCCAGCCCCCUGCCAGGCAGACACAUCUCCACCUCCCUGAGACCCAGCCCUGGCCUGGGCAUCGACAUCAGCCCUCUGCCCUCCUCUUCCACAGACCACCACCCGGGGCUCACCCCUGCCAACCACCACCACUCCUCCUCCUCCUCCUCAUCUGUCCAGCCCUUCCAGGGCCACUCCUCCAGCCUGGCUAGGGGAACAGACAGGCUCUCAGCCCACCCCGGCACCACGCUGGACGGCCAGGCUGGGUCCCUCACCCCUGGGGUUGGUAAGGAGGUAAGGAGGGAGGGUGCUGGGGGGUGGGCUGGCCCCGGUCUGCGUUCUGGUGGUCAGACGGGCAGUAUGAGGGCCUCCAGCUCUAGCAGUAGCCUAGCCUCCAGCGGGACCCUGUCAGACAGCGGCAGGACCCAGGUGCCUCAGGGGCCCGACGUGCCUCGCCCCAAACCGGCUAAACCAGAGCUCAAGCCUCGGCCCUUCAUGGGGGUGAAGGACAAGGCAGUGCGUGUCCAGGGGCAGCCCCCACCUGGACUGGGCUGGCAAGGUCAGCCUCACUCCCAGCCACUCUCCCCUGGAGGUCUAGAGAACCAGCGACACAGCAUGGCCCCUAUGGACAACAUCCAGGGAUUGAAUAAUGAGUUCAAGCAGAGGUCGUCUUACGCUGAGCCACUGCAGAGCCAGGCUCCCCUCCAGGUGCUCAACGGGGCCCAGGCUCAGGCCCAACACCUGGCCCAACAGGCUCAGGCCAAGGCCCUGGCCAGGGAGUUUGGAGACAGGUUCUACCACAGGGAGCCAAGACCAGGUCCAGCUGCAGGCCUACAGCACUCCUCCCAGUUCCCAGACGGGAACCACCGGCAGGCAGGGCUCACCAGAGAUAACCCAGCCAUCCUACCCAUCAAACCUAAACGCUCCUUUAUAGAAUCCAACGUC